AUGUACGACGGAAGCAAGUAUUUUGCCCGAUCCCUGGAUUCUUAUCAUCCAUCACAAUCCGAAGUAUCUGUGGAAACUGAACCCGAUAAUCCCAUUAAAUAUGGAAUGGUUAAGAAUCCAACCUGUAAUGAGGCAGUUUUCAACACGGCAGCAACAUCGGUGCCUGACGAUUCUGGAAGCAACGUGGCAUCCCAAGCAAGUGCUGAGGUAGAAAAGUUAACCAGAAAGAUUCCAUACGAGCCCCAGAUUAUGAUUAUUUAUGAAACCGGGGAUAUUCACAGUGCCUUGCACUUUCUUGUUGAAUCAGCUCAGAAUCCCUUCGAGAGAAAUGCUAUCGCCAUGGUCCUGAUAGAGGAGAAAAUUAUGGAACAGGUUGUCCAACAAAUCUUGGACAAAUUGAAACCUCUCUCAGACUUUGCGGUACAACACCAUAAUUUUUGGGACAGCGUUGAAUAUAUCAAGACAAACAACCUGAAGAUUGUUACUGUUGAUGAUGAUCAGAAGACUUUUCCGGUUCUUGUGUAUGAUGUCACCCAUGAUAAGCUGGGAAAUAAUCAAACUGGGGUUAUUACCUUGCAUUCAUUCACCAAAAACGAGGAGAUCAUCGAAAAGUGCCAGAAGGAAACUCUGCCCUUUAAGUCCGUCUGCUGCUGGAACGAAACCCUCGUUGGAGUCUAUGAUAUUGUAGCAGCCCUCAAGUGUUCCCACUUUUACAUCAACUGCUGCAAUGUGAGCUUGGACCCGAUUUAUACAUCACUCAAAGCUGGAAAGAAUGAUGUGGUCUAUGCAGAUGGAUUUCACUACGAAACUUUAAUCAUUUACACGCUCUUUAAGCUCGUUGUUUUUCCCAUUGGAGAUGCAAUUGUGGCCAAGCCUGAGGCUUCCAAAAAAGAUGUAGAACCCAUCAGCUUCUUGGAACCGUGA